AGUGUAGAGUUAUUUAUUGAGCCCAUCAUGUGAUGAUCUGAUGUUGUACCUCCGGUUUAUCGGUACUCUGUUGCCAGCUUUCAAUUGUCAAACUCCACAGAUGUUUCAGCCUUUUCGUCUCUCUGAGCAACAUUGCCCCGCCCACCCCCACCCGUCCACGUGAUUCUUGGGGGUGCGUAAUUAGCAUAGUUGCGUCCUCCAUGAAAGUACUUCGCAUGCGAAAUACGACGUCGAUUACGAAAUGAUAUGGCUUCAAGGCUUCACCUCGAGCACGAUUUGGUGGCGUCGAAGGCACUGAGAUGCUCUGGCAUGCAGUUGUCCCUUCUUGAACACAAAUCAUCGCUGUACGAACAGUGGAGAACAAUGCUCCCCUUCUGAUCGUAGGGCAGCCCUGCGCACCUGACGGGUGCUUAGCGGAGCCGAGGUUGCCCAGCCAGUCGUCGCGCGCAGCGACUGAUUAAGCCUUUGCAUCUACAAGUCGACCGAGUGACCUUGUCCUCGCUGCACCUACUGUUUACAUUUGAAUUUAAAUCAAGCCACCCGCAGAAACAAGGAGCCACCGCUGUUUUAUCCAACGAUUUACAAAAUUAUGUAGCAUAGAUUGAGCCCCAACUCGUACUCAGAGUAAAUGAGAUUUGAGCAAGUUGUUCAGAAUGUAUACUUUUUCUAUUUGGAACUUCGAUACUGCCAUGAGCGAUCCCUUAGUUGCGACUGUAGCGUAGUAAUGACAAGGUCGAACCCAGUUGCUGCUUGAUUGGGUAAAGUGAACAUUGGCGAUGGCGGCCCUGCUUCAAGCUUCGACUGCCCUAUCGGCCGAUUGGGGUAGAGCCCUACAAACCAAUGGCUCGAUAAAGACCCCGAGCUCCAAUAUUUCUUUGAUGAUCUUGGUACAAUGUAGAUCUGUUCCCAGCUUUGAAGGUACAAGCUUAAACAAGCUAUUGUGGCAAACAAAACCUUACACUAAAAGGCAAGCGAAUAGUCUCUCAGGGAUUGCUCGAGCUGGUUGGAAAUCAGAUUAUACGAUAAUAGAGAAAACCUGUCAAGUAGGGGAUCACCUCUUAGAUGACUUGAGUACUUACAUCAUUCGCCGAACUUAUAAUCUGAUUUCCAACCAUCUACCGCUCGACUGGGACCCCCUAGCUUUCCUUCCGCUCAACAUUCAAUCCAACCUUCACAAAAAUGAAGCCCUUGCAACCUUAUUACUUCGCGAAGCACUAGUGUUUGUUUUCUUUUACAUCUUGUAUCGACAGGUAAAUCGAUUCUGCAAGUGGUUGUAUAGAGCGUACGUGAGAGCGGAACGGAUUAAAAUUCAGGGUAAGGAGCAGGCGUUUGAUGUCACUGAUUUUGGCGAAGUCGAUUAUGCAUUAUCACCAUUUCGAGCUGCUCGAAGACCUCUUCGUUACAUUAUUAUGCUAUGGGCCAGCACGAAAUUGUUGUGGGUAUUAUCUGUAGUGUUUAAGUUGGAAGCAUUAAUCACAGCGGAUUUAGUAUACGACGUCCGGGCAUCGUCUUUCGUCAUUACAAUCACUUGGUUUUUUUUCCGUUGGAAACGUCUGUACGUUGAAGACCUCCUGAAAAGAAAACCACAAGAUGAAAGCCAAGUAUUCGCUCUUGACAAAAUAGCGUCGCUGCUUCUGUAUGGCCUAGCAGUGUCAUGCGUUGCUGAGGUCUUGGGCUUGGCACUCGGCUCACUCCUUGCAGUUGGUGGAGUCUCUGGUUUAGCAGUGGGUUUAGCAGCCCAACAGGUUGUGGGGAACAUGUUCGGUGGCGCAUCUCUCUUCCUUACCCGGCCAUUUGAUAUCGGUGAAAACAUUAAGGCAGGGGAUAUUUCAGGACGUGUGCAGGAUAUUGGAUUCAUGCAAACCAAGGUGCAGGGUUUCGACGGCGUCCCUAUUCUUGUUCCUAAUCAAUCUUUUACCAGUCAGGUCAUCACUAACUUUUCAAGGGCAAAGACCAGGGUGCUUGAGGCAACCUUUCAACUGGAUAACAGACACAUCUUCAUGGUGAACAAUAUAACAAAGACGGUUACGGAAUACUUGGCUUCACAUCCAAGCGUUGACAACGCCAACACUAGUCCCUUCUGCUAUUUGAAGAACAUGGAAGAUGACGGCCCUGAGAUAGCCCUUUCCUGUGUAAUUAAAGCCACAAGAAGUGCAAUCUACUACAGUAUCCAACAAGAGAUUCUCGUGCAUGUUGCCCACAUCAUUACUGAUAUUUUGGGGACCGAUUCUCCAUUCACGCCUCUCCAAUCACCAUCUUCUUCUGUUCUAGAAUCUGUCGGUAGUAGUGAAGGUCAUGUGCUGUAACCUUCACCGAUGCAAAGUUAUGCAUGAUCUUCAUCCCUUCCGAUUCUUCCAUGUGUUAUAUACAAGCCUAGGAGUUACAUGCAGUACAAGUCGGCGUCCAAAUUCUCUGACCUAGUAGUACUGAAAAAAUUAUUUAAGCACAUGCUCCUCAGAAGCUGUACAGACGUACUUCGAAGACAAAUAUUGUCUUUGUCUAUUAGGUAACGAAAAGUAAUAUAUGUAGCUAUUUUUGUUCCUGAACUGCCUGUUUUAUAGCAUACGACUCACAAAGUCCACUUUCUGCA